GCGGAGGGUCCCGGAGCGGCGAGCGGGAGCGCUCGGGGGAGGGAGAGCCCCGUGUCUCUUUCCCACUGCCCCAGUGGGUGACGGGCUGUGCCUGGCUUCGGAGCAGGCUCUGCACUGACGUCACGAUGACACGGUGAAGCCGAAGACAGGAUCUGGGGAACGCUGCUUCUGCUUCAGUUUUGAUCAUCAAGUGAAUUUGUUGACACUCUGUUCCUCCAGCAUGGCUAAGAGUGCAGAAGUGAAGCUGGCGAUCUUUGGUCGAGCUGGCGUGGGCAAAUCAGCUCUUGUCGUGCGCUUCCUGACCAAACGAUUUAUCUGGGAGUAUGACCCGACUCUAGAGUCUACAUAUCGUCACCAAGCUACCAUUGAUGAUGAAGUGGUUUCCAUGGAGAUACUAGAUACAGCUGGUCAGGAGGAUGCUAUUCAGAAAGAAGGACACGUGCGAUGGGGUGAAGGCUUCGUCCUGGUCUAUGACAUCACGGACAGAGGCAGCUUUGAGGAAGUUCUACCACUCAAGAACUUGUUGGAUGAAGUUAAAAAACCCAAAAAUGUCACUCUGAUCCUGGUGGGGAACAAAGCAGACUUGGAUCAUUCCAGGCAGGUCAGCACAGAGGAAGGUGAAAAGCUGGCCACAGAACUAGCAUGUGCUUUUUACGAGUGCUCUGCUUGCACAGGAGAGGGAAACAUUAUGGAGGCCUUCUAUGAGCUCUGUCGUGAGGUACGGCGUCGAAAGAUGGUCCAGGGCAAGACUCGGAGACGAAGCUCCACCACGCACGUCAAGCAGGCUAUUAAUAAGAUGCUUACCAAAAUCAGCAGCUAAAAAGAUCUGUACUAAGCCAGAAAAGCAUUAUAGAGCAUAUUAGCUUGUGGUAGGGACAAGGCAGGCAGAGCACAUUUAAUAAAAAAUGGUCAAAGCUUUGCUAUUAAAAAAAUAGAAAACUGAAACCACACCACUUUUUGAGUAGCAUGGAAUCAGACUUCUUCCUGUUUCAAAAUGUAUUAUAGCCACACUGCUUUGGGCUAACAUGGAAAAAACAAACAAACAAAC